AUGGAGAAAGAAUUAGAUAAAGUGGUAGAAGAGAUAAUGUCGACGCCAAAUGUGAACGGCUGUUUGGUUGCGGAUCAUCAGGGACUUUGUUUGGCCUCCAAAGGUUCAGCUCAUGUGGACUCAGCGGGUAUCAUUGUGGCAAUAUCGGAACAGGCGUGUAAGAUUCAACCGAAUUUAAAACCGCCCACUGUCUGCUUAGAAACCGAUAACAAGAUAUGUUUGAUACAGCGACACGGGACUAUCACUGGUGCGAUUUUUAAACAAAAAGGCGCAGCCUGA